AUGGCAGAGCACCCAGCUUCGCGAUUCCUUAAGGACGACAGUGACGUGGCAAUAGAGUUUCUCGGGGCACAGUUAGAGAAUGGAGGAUGCGUACGACCAGCUGACAUCUUGGAAGGUCGAGUUCGUGUGUCAUCAAGACAUCCUCUAUCUUUCAGCAGAUUUGAGGUGCAUCUUGAAGCUGAAGAAACCACAACUGUUACCAUCGAUGAGGCGACGCCACAUACCUUUUCCAGAGCGUUAUUAGAUGUCGCGUGUUAUCCUUCUGUUUCACAGGAUCCCGGAAUCGACAAUGAGGGAUCCGAGCACAUAUACAGCAUCCCCUUCUUCUUCGUUAUGCCCGAUGGUACUGAGUUCGUUCCGUUUUCACGGCAUGCAUUACCCCCUUCUUUCAACCGCCAUAAUGCUUUAUUAUCCUCCUGGAGCCCUACACCGAUUCCAGAUAUUUCAAUCUUGUACUUCCUUCAGGUUGUUUUGACCUACAAGCCGGGAAAGGCUGGGACUGCGGGCACGCCGACCACAUCUACAGUGACCAAACCGAUUAAGUUUCUUCCUUACAUCGAGGUCCCCCCUCCUAUAGAUACUGACAGCUUCCCUGGAGAGUUUACACUUAGUAUACAAAGGCCCAUCUGGAAGAACGUUCUUCAUAGUCGCCUGGGACUUGCCAUCAUCAGCGUGAGGGAGCCACAGCCGCUGGCGUAUUCAUCGGAUGUCGCCCGAGGUUCCACUGAAUGUCAGCUAAGUAUUACUAUCGAGUGUGAUCUUCUGGCAUUCCACCGGCUGCGAUGCGUAACAGUUACGGCCCUUCCCACGAUCUGUGCAAAGACAUACUUUUCUUCCAAAAAGAUGCCAAAAGUUCCAGGGUCUGCAGUGGGCAUUCUCACCCGCAGAUAUGUCCACUUGUAA